UGAAGCCAUGUGUCACCAUGGAUUAAAGGAAGUGCCUUUUUCACUGACCCAUCAUCCCCUACAUUAAAGUCAAUUUCAAAACCCAAGAUUCUUCCUUUAUUUCUUAUCUUCUUCAUCCUUCUCCUUCUGAGCAACUGUGUUUAUAGUUGUGCCCACCGGGGAGAGAGACAUUUGGGUUACUGAAGGGUAUAACUCCCACCAUUUGUGGCCUCUAAUUUUGUCCUUAGCUAACCCCACAAUCAUGCCAUCAGGUGCUAAGAAAAGGAAAGCUGCCAAGAAAAAGAAGGAACAAGAAACCAACGCCAACCCUUUAACCAACAACCCCCAAGGAAAUGAUGAGUUGAAGUCCCAAGAUGAGAAAGGAAGUGAUGGAGUUGAGGGUGGUUCACCUGCAUAUCGUGACCAUGAUCAUUCGUUCAAUGAAGAGAUGGAAAGCACAGACCAAUUUUCUGCUCAAUCAUCUGCUAAUGUUGCCAAAUCAUUGGAAGAACUCCCGAGUGAUAUUAAGAUUGAUGAAGCCGAAGGAGGAAAGGAAGGUCGUGUUGUGAUAGAGGCGGAUUUAAAAUCUGAGGAGAGUGGUGAGAGCAAAGAUGCAAGUGUUGUGCACGUUGUGUCUGCCAAGGAAUUAGAUUAUGGGAAUGGAAACUCCAGUUCUUCAAAUGCUGGAACCAUCACUGUGAAGAACUCAAAGGAUGAGCCCUAUUAUUCAGUAAAAGAGACAGUGGAAUUUGAUGUAACUCUGAAUAACUCAAAGGAUGAGCCCAAUUAUUCAGUAAAAGAACCAUUUGCAUUUGAUGAGUUGAUUAAAGCCAUCGAGUCUACACUUGACGAAAUGACUAAUGAAAAUGCACCAGUUAAGGAGACUGGUAAUUCAGUUGCUGGAAAUGAUUUGCUAGAGAAAUCAGUGGGCUCUCAAGUAGGAGCAACUGAUCUUGCGAUGAAGAAAAAUGAAGAUAGAGUAUAUCCCUUCUCUGAUGAGAACGAUAGAAAAUCAGGUUUGGAGGAACCUAAGCCAAAGGAAAUUGACAAUAAAGUACCAGAAUCAGUGUCCCAUAGUCAUAUCCCUGAAUCUACUAAUGGUGCUGAACAUGUUAAUGGUUCUGACACUCCAGAAUGCUCUGAAAAUGAGCCUCCAGUAGCAUCAGCUCCGUGUAUAGAGCAAAAGACCUCCUGGUGGAGUUGCUGUGGACUGUUCGAAGUUCUGUUAGGCUCCAAUAGAUAAGUACAGAAACACAAGCACGAGGAUCUGAUUGGGCCAUACUUGUGAAGGAUUUCGUUCAGAAAAUUUUGUGAUAUUUUGACCUAUAUUCUUCUUUGAGAUUUUCCAAAAAAUAAUGUGCAGCAGUCCCAAGUUUAUGAUCCAUAUGAGGCUUGUAUACAGGGAAUUUUGCUGUAGUAAUUAUUUUCGCAACAGUUUCAACUCUCAAUAUACCCGAGUCUUCAAAACUUUUUAAACUACUUUUUUUUCUUACGUCUGCAGUUAUUAUUCUUGUCAUAGUUCUGCUUAUCUCCCCGGUUUUACAAUGUACUAAUUUUUUUUUUUUUUUGAGAUA